CCACCUUAUUCUCCUUUUUUGAAUCCAAUCGAAGAGUUUUGGUCCAAGCUGAAGACUGUUGUAAAUAACGAUCCCUCUUCUGUCAGGCAGAAUGAAAAAAUCUCUGAUUGUAUUCGCAACGUAUCAUUUUACAGCAGCAGAGAAGACUACGAGAAUUGGAGAAAGCAUUCUUUGACGUUCUGGCAAAGAUGCUUGAAUUGUGAAAAAAGAUUAUAA